AUGGCACCGCUACUCGGGGGUGACUCUCCGGCGGUGGAGUACACUGUGAAAGAUCUUUCUUCGGUCAAAGAUACAGGCGCCCAACCUCAAGAAAACCGCGCCAGUCACAGUUCCAACGCUUUGCAGGCCCUAAGCCAGGGCGUCACGCUGCCCGGUCGGCCCGUCUUUACAGACCACGAGAAAGCCAGACAGCAUAUGUUGGAGCACAUGGCGGGAGCAUUCAGAGUGUUGGCUCGACAUGGUUGCGUCGAAGGGAUCAGCGGCCAUAUCUCACUAAGAGACCCUGAAGACCCGAACGUUUUCUGGACAAACCCCCUCGGAAUCCACUUCGCACUCCUCAAGCCCGAUGACAUGGUCUUACUCAAUGAAGAAGGAUCGGUCGUGGGUGGCAAUACAAAACAUCCGGCGAACGCAGCAGGAUUUCUCAUCCACAGAGCAUUACACAAAGCCCGAGCUGACGUCAAUGCGGCAUGCCAUUUUCAUUCGCCCCACGGAAAGGCGUGGUCUGCUUUCGCGCAGCCGCUAGAGAUGAUAAACCAAGAUGUCGCGAUUUUCCUCGGUGCCGCGCAGGCCGUGUACGGUGAAUUUGGCGGUGUUGUACUGAAGGACGAAGAAUCACAAGCCCUAGCCAAAAGCCUUGGAAAUGAGGGCAAGGGAAUGAUUCUGAGAAACCAUGGUCUGCUCACUGUCGGCAGUACUGUCGAUGAAGCAGCGUACUUGUUCAUGUUGAUGGAACGAAGCUGCCAGAUCCAGCUGGAGGCUGAUGCAGCGGCAGCAUCCGGCCGGAAAAAGGUAUACAUCAGUGAUGAGGCUGCUAAGUAUACAUUCGAAAUGACGAGUGAUCCUGACAGCUUGUACGCCGAGUUUCAGCCGUACCUCCAAUAUGAGGCAGCAAUGUCAACAAUCCAUCGGUGA